GGAGCGUGCACUCAGGCCGGGCUCAAUAUCUGAACUACAUCCUUAGCCUACCAAGUGUAACCCUUUUAAAAUUUCAGAUGCAACCAAUUUUCAGCUCAAAAACACAGUUCUCACCUCAACAGAAUAAUACAGUUUUUCUAGAACCCAGUAUAAAUGACAGUGGCCCCGCAGCACAGAUUCAGUUACUCGUGGUUACUUGAGAUCUUUCUGGUUACAGAACAAAUAAAGUAAAAAGUUAAGGUGUUUACCAAAUUCAGUGCUAGGGUCACAGCAGGGAAACUUCCUCCAGUGGAAGCUACUGGAGGUCUGCUUAGAACAAGUUUUAGCUAUGAUACAAGUCAGAUACUGGGAUGGGCAGUGAAUAACUUUCAAAGGUGCUGAAAAUAGCACAAGAUAAUUCGGCUCUGAUCUGCAACAUUUAAUUUUACAUUAUUUUGAAGUUCAGUUAUUUGGUUUGUAGAAUCUGUAACAAGGUGCAGCCAGCCUGACUUCCUCCCUUAUGGAAACUUGAGUUCACAAUGUUUAUUGUAAAUUGUGUUUUUUUGUGUGUUUCUUUUUACCAAAAAGUCCAUUGUAAGGAAGUGUGUCAGGUACAAGUAUGCAAGCGCAGUGCCCGUUCUCGCCGCACUGUCUAUCCCUGUUGCCGAGGAGACUGCCCUUCUACUGCAGUGUAUGUAGUUUUCCAGUUGUCUGCUGAUAGUUCUCCACGUUAGAGAAAGGUGAGGACAUGUCCUUGCAUGUCUCCGUACUUGAGGAGCUUGAAGACUUCUCUGCUACAUUAUGUCACAGGGAGAGUGAGCUCUUGCCCUUUCUACCAUGGAGGACUCGGGAAAGACUUUUGGAUCAGAGGAGGAAGAAGCAAACUAUUGGAGAGACCUGGCCAUGACCUACAAGCAGAGGGCCGAAAAUACACAGGAGGAGCUCCGAGAAUUCCAGGAAGGAAGCCGGGAAUAUGAAGCUGAAUUGGAGACUCAGCUGCAGCAAACUGAGACCAGGAACCGGGACCUCCUGUCAGAGAAUAACCGCCUUCGAAUGGAGUUGGAGACCGUGAGGGAGAAGUCUGAAAUGCAACAUUCAGAAGGCUACAGGCAGAUCUCAGCCUUGGAGGAUGAUCUGGCUCAGACGAAAGCCAUUAAAGAUCAAUUGCAGAAAUAUAUCCGGGAAUUGGAACAAGCCAAUGAUGACCUGGAGAGAGCCAAACGAGCCACAAUAAUGUCUCUGGAAGACUUUGAGCAGCGCUUGAAUCAAGCAAUCGAAAGAAAUGCCUUCCUGGAGAGUGAGCUGGAUGAGAAGGAAAAUCUUCUAGAAUCCGUACAGAGGUUGAAGGAUGAAGCAAGAGAUCUGCGGCAGGAAUUGGCUGUGCAGCAGAAGCAAGACAAGCCCCGGACACCCUUGCCAGGCUCUGGGGAAACUGAGAGGACAGACAUGGCUGUACAGGCUACAGGCUCUAUGCCGUCCACUCCCAUAGCUCACCGAGGACCCAGCUCUGGUUUAAACACACCAGGAAUAUUCAGACGUGGUCUGGACAGUUCUAACAGUGGGACCCCACUCACACCUGCAGCCCGAAUAUCAGCCCUAAACAUCGUUGGGGACCUGCUUCGGAAAGUUGGGGCGCUGGAGUCCAAACUAGCAUCAUGCAGGAACUUGGUGUAUGAUCAGUCCCCAAGCCGGGCAAGUGGACCAGCCUCAGGGCAAGGAACCAAAGGCCAAGAUGGUGGUGACAGAUGGCCGAGCAGCACCAGUGUCGGAGAUAAAGGGUCAGGAAAACGCUUGGAGUUUGGGAAGCCAGCCUCACAGCUCUCAUCACCGGCACCGCCGUCCACCCAGGGUGUGGUCAAGCUUUUGCUUUAGGACCAAUGGGAACUGCGCCCUCACCUGUCCUACCCUCUUUAUAUUUAGCUGUUGGCUGUGGACUCAGCAUCAUUGCUGUGAUGUGGCCCAGCCCCUGGCAGUAUGCGUCAUAGAGAUGAACUGGUUCUUCACCCCACCGCCCUCCAGCUCUAAGGUCUGGAUGAUGGGGCCACCCUGUCAUUGGCUACCUAGAGUUUUAAUGGCCUCCAGAGGUGUUUUGAAUAUGCCUAAUCUUCAGGGGGAACUAGAGCCCAGCUAGCUCAGGAGCUCUCCCGCAGCCUACUUCCAGCUGAAGCUGUCUUCUGGAACAUCCUGCCAGUGCUUUACAGCAUGAUUAAAUUGUGUCUAGAACUGGAAGAUCACAGAAGCAUGGGGCCGUUUAAACCAUGACCAUGACCUUUACAAGAUGGGGUGUCUCUGUGUAGCCCUGACCGUCCUGGAACUCACUAUGUAGAGCAGGCUGGCCUUGAACUCAGAGAUCUGCCUGCCUCUGCCUCUCAAUUGUGCACCACCACUGCCCAGCCCUUUGACACUUCUAAUCUGCCUCAUGAAGAUUUUCAGAGGUGUGUCUGACUCCUCUGGUCAGUGGGAGAUUAUUCUCUGUAGAUAAACCCAGCUUCCCAUCUCUCCUGAGCUCUCGCCUUGAUGUUGGGGCGACUUCUGCAUCACAACCAUGAACAACUUGGAGUUGGACUGGGCUUUGUCAUGCCAUCCCUAAGAACAAGACUUCAUCAUUCUAUGUCUAUAGAAUAACAAGAGUGACUAAAGCAUCAGAUUCUCAGCCACUGGUGGUCGCUCCCUUGGGAUGUAGAGAAAUGAGCACAGAACUGCAACGCCAGAGCCUUGUCUGGUCUGUCUGGGGUGAAGCACCACCUCCUGCUUCUGUCCACAAUGAGAAAUGCGCACUGAUUUCCAGAGCUUAGUACCCUUCACUUCGCUACUAAUGCAUUUUUUAGUAGAUAGGGCAAACCUGGCCUUGAAUUGAACCUAGAACUUUCUGAGUGCUGCUGACAUUCACAAGGUGGUUUUAAGCUGUGUGGCCAUUUGUUCCCCUCAGACAUUAUAGCCUGGGAAAAGAUGGCCUUUAUUUUUUUAUAUUAAAAAAUAAAAUCAAAAGAAAUGCCUGCUUUA